AGAAGUUUCUUUAACUGCGGAUCAUGAAGUUGUUUGUUACAUUUGCUGCUCUUUUGGCCGCCGCGGUGGCUGCACCCAUGGAUGGGCGCAUCACCCAUGGUGAUGUGGCUCAUGUGGGUCAGUUUCCUUACCAGGUGGGAUUGAGCAUUGCGAUCGGUAGCUCCGGAGCAUGGUGCGGUGGUUCCCUGAUCUCUGACCGUGUUGUCCUUACUGCUGCUCAUUGCACGGAUAGUGCCGAUUCAGUCACUGUCUACGUUGGCGCCACUAAAAUCAAGGAGGAGGAGCCCGGACAGCAGCGCAUUCAUGUGGAGAAGAAGAACAUCAUUGUGCACGAGGAUUGGGAUCCUUCCAAGGUCGUCAAUGACAUCUCUCUCCUGAAGUUGCCCGCACGAUUGGAGUUCAACGAUCGCGUCCGUGCCGCUACUCUGCCCAAGAAGAAUGGCCACUACUCGACCUAUGAGGGCGAAGAGGCCAUUGCCUCCGGCUGGGGUCUCGAUAGCGAUAAGGCUGAUGCCGUCUCUCCCGUCCUCCGUUACGUUGAGAUGCCCAUCAUGAAGCCAUCCACCUGCAACGUCUACUGGGCUGGUAUGAUCACCGACAAGGUCAUCUGCAUGAGCACCAAGGGCGGCAAGUCCACCUGCAACGGCGACUCCGGUGGCCCAUUGGUUCACAAGGAGGGCGACAUCAACUAUUUGAUUGGUGCCACUUCUUUCGGUCUAGCCUUGGGCUGCGAGAAGGGCUACCCAGCUGUCUUCACCAGAGUCACAGCCUAUCUGGACUGGAUCGAGGAGAAGAGCGGUGUGGUUAACAACUAAACUGCAAUUGUUGAUAUUUGAAAUUAUAAUAAAAAUGAAUUUUAUCUAAAAA